AAUGGAAGAAAUAGGCGUUGUACAAGAUGACACCAAUAUCUUGCUGAAGUCGGUAGAAGUUAACCUUUUGACAGACCUAAUGGAAAGAUGCAUGCAAAACAUUAAAGAGUGGAUAGCAGGAAAUGGACUAAUUUUAAAUGAAGACAAGACCAAUGUUAUAUAUUUCAAGACAUCCAGAUCGAGGCAACAAACACCAACAACAGUGACAAUCGACAACAAGGAAAUCAAAACAGCCAAACAAGUAAAAUUCCUUGGACUUAUGCUAGAUGAACAUCUUAACUGGGAAUCACACAUCGACAUGAUUACUGGAAAACUAAAUAGUACAUGGUAUUCAAUGAGAAUAAUAAAAAAAUACGUUGACAUCAAAACUAUAAAAAAUGUAUACCAUGCUGGAUUUGAGUCUGUCCUCAGAUACGGUGUGAUCUUUUGGGGUCAGAGCACAGAUGUCGAGAGGGUUUUCAGAAUACAAAAGGGAGUCCUCAGAACCAUCCUAGGGUUGAACCGAAUAUGCAGCUGCAGAGGACAUUUCAGGAGUAACAAUAUCAUGACGCUCUGCGGACUUUAUAUAUAUGAGCUCCUAAUUUUCAUGUUCAAAAACAGCGAUUUAUUUGAAGAUCUUAAAACAAAAAGCCUAAGAAAUGAAAAUUACAUAUACCCAAGACACCGAUUAACUAUAUAUGAAAAAGGAUGUUUUUACACUUGCAUAACUGUUUUCAACGCACUGCCAGCAGAAUUACAACAAGUGAAGUACUUCAGAAGCUUCAAAAGCAAAAUACAUGAUUUUCUGAUUAGAUUAGAACCUUAUACAAUACAGGAAUAUUUAGAAAGGAGACGAUAGAUCCAAUUCAAUUUGAUAUUGACAAUUCCAUAUUUAGCAUUAAUUGUACAAUUGAUGUAAUUUAUGGAAAAUAAAUAUUACUACUACUA